AUGAAUGCGGUGAAUAUGGUACGUUUCCUGGAAGUGAACUCCCUCGUUGGCGCCCGUUUGACGUCCCGCCUACUUAAUCUCUGCCAGGACCUUGAUCUCAACCGACACAACACGCUGAAUUGGACUUCAAGAAUGCUUCCCGCAAAGAUACCUUUCAAGUAUCCAUUCACGAUGGGAUCUUGGACCUCUGCUAUCGUCGAGGUAGCGGUUCUACUCUUGAUCUUCGCUCAACUCCUCGCACUUGCACCUGUCGCCACGCCCGUUCUAUCGAUCACAAUGGCGAUCUUCGCAGGAAUGCCGCGCUCCCUAGCCCUCACCCCUUUUGGAUACCCUGUUACGGCAGUCGUGGUAGCCCGGGCGUUAUUCUUGAUCUUCCGAAGCUACAUUGUCAUUGCGCCUUUCCUGCUGCUCGCGGUCAUUUCCUUCCUCCGCGCGAUCCACCACUACGCCACCAAGAAGUCCAACCCCAAGGUUGACAACCAGUGCGCACCCGUCUCCGUCAACUACUUCCCGUCCCGCGAGUGCAACUACGCCUGUGGGUUCUGUUUCCACACCAACACGUCGGGCUACAUCCUCCCCAUCGAUGAGGCCAAACGCGGCCUGCGCCUCCUCAAGGAGGCCGGCAUGCGCAAGCUCAACAUCGCGGGCGGCGAGCCCUUCCUGCACCCCAAGUUCCUGGGCGAGCUCCUCCGGUACUGCAAGGAGGACCUGGACCUCGAGAGCGUGAGCAUCAUCAGCAACGGCAGCAAGAUCCGUGAGGCGUGGCUCCGCAAGUAUGGCCGGUACCUGGACAUCCUGGCGGUGUCGUGCGACUCGUUUGUCCAGCAGACAAACAAGGCGAUCGGGCGCGGGGAGAACGGCCAGGGCGACGGCGAUCACGUAUUGCAGGUGUUCCGCAUUGCCGAGUGGUGCAGGAAAUACGGCAUCAUGUUCAAGCUCAACACCGUCGUCAACAUCCACAACUGGGCCGAGGACAUGAGCACGCAGAUCGCGGAGCUGGCGCCGUUCCGGUGGAAGGUGUUUCAGUGCCUGAUCGUGGAGGGCGAGAACGAGGACGAGACCCGGCUGCGCGAUGCCACCAAGUUCCUCAUCUCCCAGGAGCAGUGGGAGGUCUUCUGCGAGAAGCACAAGCACCUCCCGUGCUACGUGCCCGAGGACAACCAGACCAUGGCCGGGAGCUACCUGCUGCUCGACGAGCGCAUGCGCUUCCUCGACAAGGGCGACGGCCCGAUGAAGAAGAGCGAGUCGCUGCUGGAGGUCGGCGUCGAGAAGGCCAUGCAGCAGGUCGCCUGGGACAAGGGUGCCUUCGACAAGAGGGGUGGCAUCUACGAGUGGCGCAAGCCGUUUCAGGCCCCGGGCGGUGCUGAGGGAGGUUGUGGUGGUUCUGAUCAGAAGGAGUUGCAGUGGUAG